AUGUCGAGCAGCCACCACUGCCUUUUCUUGCUGGCCAGGAUGAAAUGUAACUACCCUGCAAGCCAAAAGCUCGGCUCUCGUCUAACCAUGUGGCAGUAG